UUUAUCGUUCUUCGAUAUCGGAAGGCGAAAAACAAGCGAAACGCCAUGAAAUUAUGCUGAAAUAAUUCAUCUGUAAUGAGCUGCAGUGUUCAGCACUAGGCAAACCGACACGAGGCAUGUUUAGGAAACUGCUCAAGAUGUGGAUUCUGCUGCGACCCACCCACUGGCUAAUUUUGAUAGCCUUGUGUGUGCUCACUUGUGCGGGGUACUGGUUCCUCUUGUCAGAGAUUCGCUUGGAACAUGCCUUCAAGCCACUGUCCAAGCUGGGAGAAUCGCUAACCCCCGAUCAGCAUGCCUCAUCUUCCACGGAUGACUUUGACUUCGAGGAGCACCUGGUUGUGCUCUACAACCGUGUUCCAAAGACAGGAUCCACCAGUUUCGUAAACAUUGCAUACGAUCUCUGCAAGCUGAACAAAUUCCACGUGCUGCACAUCAACGUGACUGCCAAUAUGCAUGUCCUUUCGCUUCCCAAUCAAAUCCAAUUUGUCCGCAACGUUUCCAGAUGGCACGAGAUGAAACCAGCCCUUUAUCACGGCCACAUGGCAUUCCUAGACUUCUCCAAAUUCCAAAUCGCCCACAAACCCAUCUAUAUUAAUCUGGUGCGAAAACCAUUAGAUAGACUUGUUUCCUACUAUUAUUUUCUACGCUUCGGCGACAACUACCGACCGAAUUUAGUGCGCAAGAAGGCUGGAAAUAAAAUUACCUUCGAUGAGUGCGUGGUGCAGAAACAACCCGACUGUGAUCCCAAGAACAUGUGGCUGCAGAUUCCUUUCUUUUGUGGCCAUGCUGCCGAGUGCUGGGAACCCGGUAGCAGUUGGGCGCUGGAACAGGCCAAGCGCAACCUAGUCAACGAGUACUUCCUAGUCGGAGUCACCGAGCAGAUGUAUGAGUUUGUUGAUCUACUGGAGAGAUCACUGCCCAGAAUUUUUCACGGCUUUCGCGAGCACUACCAUAACUCAAACAAAUCUCAUCUCCGAGUAACAUCUUCUAAGCUGCCACCGAGCGAAUCAACAAUUAAGGCCAUUCAAAAGACAAAAAUCUGGCAAAUGGAAAACGAUCUGUACGAGUUCGCGUUGGCCCAAUUUGAGUUCAACAAGAAGAAACUCAUGCAGCCGGAUAAUAAGCACGUGCAAAAGUUCAUGUACGAGAAGAUUCGGCCCAAAUGAUUGCAAAGAAGGCGACGCAGUCGCAGAGCAAGAAUCCGGCCGACUUCAGUGAUCUAGCCAGGAGUCUCCGGAUUUUUGUAUUGUAAAUACGCAAAUUCUCCCACUUAGAUUUGAUCUGUACUUAAGAGUAACUAAAUCCGUACACUUAAGCGCUACGAAAGACUUUAGCAUUGAAUAUCGUUGACAUAUUACUAACCGAACAUUUUGUAUGUAGUCUAAGCUUUAAUCUUAAAAACAUGCGAGAACGCUUUUGUAGUUUAUCGUAAGCAAUAUCUAGCAAAAAUUGUCUGCACAAUAUCUCUUCGUUUUAGUCAAAUGUACGUUUUAUACUCGACAAUACAAUGGAAUGAAUGGAUGAAUUUAGGCCAUAGAACGAUUUUUGUAGAACUAGUAAGUGUAUAUUCAUACGUUAUCGACUCUCAUUAAUUGUAACUGGCAUAGACUAAGCUCUAAAUCUGAAUUUGACAUUCAAAUUAAAUGCAUGUAAAUAGUUGA